AUUCUUUCUCGAGCAUCGUGAGUUUUUGGUAAGUAUCGGUGGUGUAAAAUUUUAGGAGAGUGAGUUUAAGGAGAAGGAAAAGUUGAGGCUUUUGGAAGCAAUGGAAGGUACGGCAAAUUUGCGAGUGUAUUAUAAUAGUGAAAUUAUACCACAUACACAUGAGGGUGAGAUUAUACCACAUCCGUUUUCCCUUGUUAUUCCAUGCACCAUGACGUUUGCGGAGUUACAAAACAAUCUUUGUAGAAGCAUACAAAGUCAUAUUUCAAAGAGAGUGAACAAUAUUUUAUACAGAAAUCCGGUCAUCUUAUUUGGCAAGCUAAUGCAGUUUCAUAUAAUGUCCAUUACUGAUGACACAAAUAUGCAGCAAAUGUUUCAUAUUUAUCAACAGAGUCGAUUUCAAGUGACAAUGAUAGAAUUGUAUGUCGAGUUUGAACAUCUUGGUACAGAUGCGAUUGACCACGAGUCAGACAUGGAUGAAGUUAGGGAUAUAGUUUGGGAAGAAGAUAACAGUGAUAGUGAAGAUGACUUCGAAGCCAACUAUGAAGUCAAUGACGAAAACGAAGAUGAGAAUGAGUAUGCAAAUAUAGGCGUUGUGGCGGCCAAUGAUGGUGAGUUUAGUAUUAGAAUGGAAUUUAGUUCUAAAGAGUCAGUGAUCUCCGCAAUCAAGAAUUAUACUAUCUCUAGAGGAGUCGCUUACACGAUGUACGCGUUUCAGCCUAUGACGUUAUAUGCAAAAUGUAAAAGGCAUGACAAAGGUUGUGAUUGGCUUAUUCGAGCUAGUUUGAAUAGAAAGAAAGGCUAUUGGGAGAUUCGGAGUUACAAUGGCAGACACACGUGUACCACUGGAACGAUUUCACAAAAUCAUUUCAAGUUAGACUCAAAUAUGAUUGUAGAUGCUAUCAGGCCAUUAGUUGAAGUUAACCCAUCGUUAAAGGUGAAAUCUAUAAUUGCAGAAGUUCAAUCUAAGUUCAACUAUACUGUAAGUUAUCGUAAGGCUUGGUUGGCAAAGCAGAAGUGUGUUGCAAAAAUCUUUGGUGAUUGGAAAAUUUCUUACCGGACUCUGCCAUGGUGGUGCAUGGCAAUGUGUGCCAAGAUGCCAGGCUCACGAGUUCGAAUAGAGACUCUACCUAUUUAUCGUGGGAGUGAAGAGGUAAAUGACAUAAGGAUACUUCGGCGGGUAUUUUGGAGUUUCUCUCCCUGUAUUAGAGCAUUCAGACAUUGCAAGCCAUUAGUCCAAGUUGACAGCACACGGCUUUAUGGAAAAUUUAAAGGUACACUUUUGGUUGCGAUUGCACAAGAUGGGAACCAAAACAUUGUGCCGAUUGCUUUUGCCAUCGUAGAGAGUGAGACCGCCGAUGAGUGGGACUUUUUUCUUCAUCAAUUGCGAAAAAAUGUUGUUACUCAAGAUGGUGUGGGUAUUAUCUCUAAUUGCCAUGAGUCCAUCCAGGCAGCAAUAGCUCGUAGUGACGGUGCUUGGGCACCGCCAAGAGCACGACACAUGUUUUGCAUUAGGCACAUUGGAGCUAAUUUCUUAAAGAGAUUCAAGACCCCACACUUGCAUAAACUUGUUAUUAACAUAGGCUAUUCUAGAACAAAGCAGGAGUACAAUAUAAACUAUGAGAGGCUUCGGGAGCGAGGCGAGGCAUACACUAAUUGGUGUGAUGAGAUCGGUCUUCAGCGUUGGGUAUUGGCAUUUGACGAGGGUUAUCGUUGGGGUCAUAUGACGACAAAUAUGGUAGAGUGCAUAAAUUCGGCCCUGAAGGGUGCACGCAACCUUCCUGUAAAUGCGGUACUUAGAGCUACAUGUUAUUGGCUGAAUAAGUUGUUUACUCGGAAGAGUGAUGAGGCUCACGAGCGUAUUCGUAAUGGAUUUACUUAUUCAGAGUUUGCCACUCGACGGGUUAAAGAAAAUCUUCAUCGUGCGGGAAACAUAGUGGUAAACCGAUUCGACAGGCACAAUGAAGUGUUUGAGGUCCAUGAAAUGGACAACGGUUCAAUAUUCACCGUUAAUCUUGCGCAACGAGUUUGUGAUUGUGGUCAUUUUCAAGUGGAGCGACUUCCAUGUCGCCACGUGCUUGCUUGUUGUGCUAACCAACGUCUUGAUUGGCAAGUAUAUGUAAAUGACGUGUACAAGAUGUCUGAAAUUCGUAAGGUUUACAGUGCAAAAUUUGCACCACUAGGCGACCCAGAUACAUGGCCUAAAUAUAAAGGUCCAAAGGUAAUCGGUAAUCCAUCACUGAUGAAAGUGGCAAAAGGACAACCCAAAUCAACCCCUACGUGAGUGAAAUGGAUUCGCGAAAAAUGCGUGGUGCUUGGCAGUGUACUCUAUGCGGAGAAAAGAGUGAUAGCUCUAGUCGAUGCCCUCAGCAUGCUGGUUCAAGUUCAGGUGGUAUUGGUAGAGGUCUGUAGGACAGUAGGAGUAUUGAUGGUUUUUUUUUUUUUCACCUUUUUGUAUAUCACCUUUUUGUAAUUUUUGUUUUCAGAAGAUAGCUCUACUGAGAAGAGAAAACCCUUUCACUCACGAUGUAUGUGAGAACCCUCGAACACCCUUCAUCACUAAGAACUCAUCACUGAGAAGUGAGAACCCUCUCUCCCAGCCUUCUAUCGCACCCUCUAUCACAAGCCUCCUCCUCAGAUUCGCAACCCUCGCACCCUCUCUCGCAACCCUCCAUCGAAGCUGCCUCUGUCGGCGUGCCCUCCGUCAGCACGCCAUCUGUCAGCGCGCCCUCCAUUGGUGCGCCCUCCCUCGGCAAUCACUCUAUCUCGCAAACCCUACCACUAUCUUUGCUGCCUCUCUCUCGCUCUUCCCUCAAUCGUCGCUGCCUCCCCCUUAAUCGGUGCUCAACCCUCACCAUAAACACUUCAAGCCUUAAGUAUGGGUUGAACAUUCUGCAGGGCAUUAAAGGUGAAAACAAGAAUUCAAAGAAAUUGCUGAAGGUAAUAUAAUCACUGAUUUUCAACUCUUUUGUUGUCCUUGUUACUAUUUGAAUCAAAUCUUCAGCACCCAUGGCCAACUGUAAUUGAAUUUUGCAUUGUAGCCUCUUAAACAUAUUUUUUAGAUGGAACUUCAAUUACUUGUUUUGAUGGUGGUUCUUUACUGAAAUAUAUGGGGACUAUUCUUUAAUUCUCAGUAUAUAUUGUUGUUUUACUUUUUCCCCUCCCCAUUUUGCUCAAGAUGUGGUUAUUGAGAAUGAAUUUGAGAAAGAGCUACUUGCUGAUGUGAUUCCUCCAAGUGAUAUUGGGGUCACUUUUGAUGAUAUUGGGGUUUUAGAAAAUGUGAAGGACACCUUGAAGGAGUUGGUCAUGCUUCCUCUACGGAGACCUGAACUUUUUAGCAAAGGACAGUUGGCUAAGGUGGGGGCUUCUAUCUUUUCUGUCUUUUCUCUAGCCAGCAAGAUUGCCCCAAGUGUUAUUUUUGUUGAUGAGGUCGACAGUAUGUUAGGAAGACGUGAAACUCCUGGCAAACAUGAGACUAUGCGUAAAAUGAAGAAUGAGUUCAUGAUGAAUUGGGAUGGUCUGCAAACAAAAGAUAAAGAGCGUGUAUUUGUUCUCGCUGCUACAAAUAGGCCCUUUAAUCUUGAUGAGGCUGUUAUUAGGCGGCUUCUAAGAAGGUAGAAUAUGGCAAGAAAACCAACACUUGCAUUGAGGGCUAUACUUGUGGAAUGGUCGCAGCAUUCGCUCAAAUAGCCGACGCAAUGAAGGCUGCAGGUGGUGUAAAAAUGGGUGCAGCUAUGGCUGCAAUGAUAGUAGUAGCAACUGCAGCUGUGAUAGGAUCAAAACAAGAACAAAAGAUGCUCCUCAACAGUCUCCAAAAUAACGUAUCUUUAUCUGUUUUUGGAUUUCUUUAUGUAGAUUAGUUGAAUCUUUUCCAAGUUUUAUGGUAACACAGAGAGCCAUUUGCGGAUUGUGAUAUUGACAGCUGGUGAAUAUAAUGACCACUUCAAAUGUUCUGUUAGAUAUAGAAUCAUGAAGUCUUAGAUGAAGCUGUACAUUCAACUGAGUAGUGUGUUUUAGAUAUUAUAAAAUUUAUUUUGCAAAGUAAUGACUUUGUAGUGAAUUUAUUUUCUUUUUUUUCUU